AUGACAGAGAUAUGUGAAUACUACUGCUACUCCUCUGACAUCACCUGCUCCUUCCCAAUCAAUGGAAAGUUCACUCCAGACCAGAAGGCCAUCUAUGAGGCUGUGCUCAAGUCAUCACGGGCUGUCAUGGCUGCCAUUAAACCAGAGGUCAAGUGGACAGAGAUGCACCGUCUGGCUGACCGGGUUCUGCAGGAGCUGGUAAAGAUUGGGAUCCUGCGUGGGAGUGUGGAGGACAUGCUGAAGGUCCACAUGGGCUCUGUCUUCAUGCCCCACGGCCUGGGACACCUGCUGGGCAUCGACGUGCACGACGUGGGCGGAUACCCAGAGGGUAUUGAGCGGGUCAACGAGCCCGGUCUGAAGAGCUUGGGGAUGGGCCGUCUGGUGCAGGAACGCAUGGUCUUGACUGUGGAGCCUGGUAUCUACUUCAUCAACCACCUGCUGGACCAGGCCUUGGCCAACCCAGCCCAGAGCUGCUUCAUCAACAAUGAAGUGCUGACCCGCUUCCACCGCUUUGGAGGGGUGCGUAUUGAGGACGACAUUGCGGUGACUGCCAGCGGAAUGGAGCUGCUCACCUGUGUCCCUCGUACAGUGGAGGAGAUUGAGGCUUUCAUGGCCGACCAGGUCAAGUGGACAGAGAUGCACCAUCUGGCUGACCGGGUUCUGCAGGAGCUGGUGAAGAUUGGGAUCCUGAUUGGGAGUGUGGAGGACAUGCUGAAGGUCCACAUGGGCUCUGUCUUCAAUCUCAGUGAAUGCAGUAUCAGAAGCCAAACACACUAG